AUGGUAUUUGAAGGAAUUGUAUCAGAUGUACUUUCAAGAGUACUAGGAGAAUAUGUAAAGAAUCUUAACAAGGAUCAAUUAAAGAUUGGAGUGUUGGGAGGUAAUGUAGUAUUGACCAACCUAGAGCUCAAAGAAGAUGCACUGGCCAAUCUUCCGAUCAACCUGCCGAUCACCGUCAAGAAGGGGUUUCUAGGUCGGCUCGAGUUGCGAGUGCCGUGGAAGGACUUGAAAUCAAAGCCUGUCAUUGUCAACAUUGACAAUAUCUAUGCAUUGGCAGUACCCCAAACACAAUCAUUCAAGUAUGACGAACAAGCAGAAAAGAAACGUGAACUAGAAUCAAAGAAAAAACGUAUAGAAAACUAUGAAUGGAUGAAAUCAAUUCAAGAAUCUGAUGGUGGUUCUGGUGCUACUGGAGACGAUAAAAAGGAUGAUUCAUUCACUACUAGAUUGGUUACAAAGAUUAUUGAUAAUCUUCAAAUCGUUGUAAACAAGGUUCAUAUUAGAUUUGAAAAUAGAAAUGAAAUUGGCAAAUUAUAUGCAGUUGGUAUAACAUUGGAUAGAAUUUCAGCACAAUCAACAGAUGAAAAAUGGAUACCAUCAUUUAUUGAUUCAAGUAAAACAAAUCAUAUUAGAAAAUUGGCAGAAAUGAAUGCAUUGGGUGUUUAUAUCGAUGAUUCAGCUACAUCACUUCAAAACCUAUCGGCUCAAGAAUUUAGUGAAGCUUUCACCAAAUUAAUUCCAACCAAGCUAACUGAUAUCUCUACUGUUAAAAAGUUUAUUAUUAAACCAAUUUCUUCUCAAUUAAAGGUAUCAAUUAAUAAGAGUGAUUUAAUUGAUAAGAAUAUACCAAAGAUUUUAGCAGAUUGUAUAUUUUCAGAUAUUGUUUGUGCAUUGUCAUCUGCACAAUAUCAUACUAUAUUCAAUAUUCUCAACUUUACCAAUGAAUAUUUGCGUGAUAUUAAAUAUCUAAAGUUCCGUCCACAUGUAAAGGUGUCGGAUAGUCCUAAAUUGUGGUGGAAGUAUGCAGGACAGGUUAUUUUGGAACAAGUUCGUCACAAGCGUUAUACUCGUUCUUGGGACUACUUGUUGGGUAGAAGAACCGAUAGAAAGGCAUACAUUUCACUCUUUAAACGUUCAUUGCCCAAUGUUAAAUGGUUGACCCCACUCUCCAAACAAGAGAUUGGCCAAUUGCAAGCACUCGAAGAUCGUCUCUCAUUUGAGGAUAUCGUAUUCUAUAGAUCGUUGGCCUAUGCAGAGAUCAAGCAAGAGGCUAUCAAGGACAGAGAGAGAAAGGAGUUUUUGGCAGGCAAAAAGAAUGAAAGAGGUUUCUUUCAAAAUCUCUUUAGCAGCAAGCAGGUCAAGAUGGACGACGAAAAGGCUGCUCCCAUCGUCAACCUCACCACCAAUGAGCGUGAAGAGCUCUAUCGUACUAUCGAGUACUCUGACGUGGUGCAGUCGGUGCAAGAACCGCCCGAUUGGGUCAAAGUGGCUGCCAACCUCGAAGUGCGAUCCGUUUCGUUGCAACUGGUCGAGCCAUCGUCACUCGGUCUCGAACACUCGUUUAUUGACGCCGUCUAUAGUUCGUUGAGCGUCAAGUUUGAGCAACGUCCAGAAGGUGUCAAAGUCAUAGCAGGUAUCAAGCAGUUUGAAGUGUACGAUCAGUCGACCAAGGGUACACUAUACCCCAAGAUCGUGUCGUCGUCCUAUACUUCAGGCAAUGCCACGUUCUGUAGUGCGAUUGUUGACACUGCGCCACCUGAAAAGGGUAUCGAUCUGUUUGUUGAACUCAACAUGAAUCCUCUUCAAGUCGUUUUAACCAAACCACUGCUCUUGCGUGUCGCUUCCUUUUUCUCGACUCAAAACACAUCCGAGCAACUCGAUCUUACCAACAUCUCGAAUCGUGCCGGUGACAUGCUCGUCAACUGGACCGAACGUACAAAAUCACAGUUGCAAGAAGCAAUCGAUUCACACAAGACAUUGGCGCUGUCAGUCAAUAUCCAAGCACCCGUCAUCAUUGUCCCAGAGAAUGUCCUCUCCAAGACAUCCUGCGCGUUGGUACUGGAUCUUGGUAACUUUAAGAUCCGAUCCGACAUGAACCAAUCGAUAAAGGGUAUGGUUGUCGGCAACAGUCUCAGCGAAAAUGAUUUCUAUGACAAGUUUAAUCUUUCACUCGAAUCGAUUCAACUGCUUCUCACCAAUGACAUUUCGUCGUGGAACGAUAAACAUGCACAACAAGAGAACAAAACACAUCUCAUCAAUCAAUUUGAUGUUCAUCUCAAACUAUACUCUUGCAUUCAACAAGACAACCUUUCACUCACCAACAUCAAGAUAUUUGGUGAUCUUCCCAAACUCAGUCUUCACCUUUCCGAAAGAAAAUGUAAACAAUUAUUGGCUCUUGUUCAUAGUUUAACAGCUGAUAUCCCUACCUCCCCUACUAUUCAAUCUGUUCAACAACAACAUGGUCCAGAAACUACUCAUUUCAAAUCAACCAAUGUUCCAAAACCUUUAUUAGAUUUAUAUACUAAUUCAAAAGAUAAUAAUCAAAAUCAAUCAAUGGAAUUAUUAAUUAAUCAUAAGAAAUUAAAUAUUGAUUUUAAGGUUCAAUCUAUUGCAGUGACGAUUUCAAGAGACAAUGCAGAUUUGAUUAGAUUGUCGGUUGAUGGAUUGGGAGUACAAUUUUCACAGAGAACUUUUGAUAUGAUUGGUUCGGUAGAGUUGAAUUCAUUGGAUAUUGAUGAUUUGUUUACUCAUAGCAAUCUCAAGAAACUUGCCACUUCAAAUCCAAUUCGCGAUUUACAAGGAAAGACAGAAUCGAGUUCAUUGGUUUCUAUCAACUUUAAACAAUUCCAACCCAAUUCACCAGAGUACAAAAAGGUUGAUAUGACAUUGGAUGUUAAAUUUGAAUCAUUCUACUUGGUUUGUAAUCCGCCAACCAUUCAUCAAUUGUUGGUACUCGUCAAUUCAUUUGCCGAUCAACCAGCCGUCACCAUCAAAAAGCAUACUGUACAAACAGUCGAGAAUAGAAAGAGAGUGGUUCGAACAUUACGAGCUGGUAGUGCAUCGCCAUCACCCAUCAACACGUCGCCACCAUUAGAGGGACAGACAGUGAUUGGACCAAACGGACACAAGACUAUCAUCAAAAAGGUGAUUAUCAAGAAAAAGAAGCGUGUACCAUCAGACAAUGUAUCCAUCUUGGUCACUGCUACCAUCAACAGUUUGGGUUUGGUUCUCAACCAGGAAAACAACAAAAAGGUUGGUAUCUUUUCAAUCAACCAAAUUAAAAACCAAGUUGUCAUGUACAAGGACUCUAGAAUGUCAGUCAAUGGAUCAUUGGGAUCGAUUGUAUUGGAGGAUCUCACCGACAAGCGUGGUGACUAUUACCAUCAGGUUAUCACACCCCAUUCCAAGGAUUCCAACAUGUUGACCUUUUCCUUUAACACCCAUCCACAUAUUCUCAGCAACUAUCCAGGUUAUGACAGUUCGGUCAAUGCCAAUAUCAAGUCGAUUGUCGUCAAUGCACAGAUUGCAUUCUUGUUGCAGGUUCAAAACUAUUUCCUCGGAGGUAUGUUGGAUCCUAUCCUCAACCGUCCUAUUGCAGUCAUUCCUCAGGCCGAUCCAACCAAACUGGCUACCGUCCAACUGCCACCAGUCUCUCGUACCAAGAUCGACGUUGUCAUGGAGACACCCAUGUUUAACGUGCCAUGCUCAAUCGACUCGCACGACAAGCUUCGUCUUGAACUCGGCAAGAUCAUCGUCUCUAAUAGCUUUGGCGAGUUUGAACAUAAUGGUGCUCGUCUGCCAACCGAUUUGAUGAAGAUCCGUAUGGAAAACACCUGCAUUGUCAUUGAAAAGGAGGCAACCACCUCUCAUUUCCUCAAGCAACUCGAUAUCGAUAUCAACCUCACUCGCUUCCUUGUGCCCAACCACAACAUUGACUUGGAGGAUCUCUUGAUUGAUAUCACCAUCUCUCAUCUCUCGUUUUACUUGGAUCAGCAACAAUACCGCUUCUUCCUCGAGUUGGCCGACAAUGCCACCAAGGAAAUGGCCGAGCUUACAGCCAACAAUGCCAUCACCAAGCCACCUCCCCCAUCGGCCGACAUCCCCUACUUUUCCGAGCAAGAAGUCAUCCAAGACAUGGGCAAGAUAUUGAUGGUGCUCAAAGUACAUCUACCAUUGUUUAGUUUCAACAUUACAGGUGCCAAUGAUAACUUUGCAGCUUUUGAUAUGCGUGGACUACACUUUGACCUCAUUAGCACUGAGCGCAAGAAAUCAAAGAUUCAAAUCAUCCUCGAAGCGAUCGUCUUGACCGAUGCACGUAAAAACAGUGACAAUAUAUUCAAGAAUCUACUCGAGAGUCAACCCGACAAAAAGAAUCCACUCCAACCAUUCCUCAAUGUUGGGUACAUUCGUGACAAUGUUUUAGGUGACCAAUACAUUAACAUCAAUGUUAAUAAUGUUUGUCUCUUUUUGUCUCCCACUCCUCUAUUGAUUAUUACAGACUUUUUCCUCAAACCUUUACAAACUCAGUCUGUUCCAACAUCGGCUGUACCGCCUCCAACAACUCUUAACAAGUCAUCUGGAUCACCAAAGUUCUUGGCACAAACAAGAGCAUACGAUCCAUUCAAGAUUCGUACUCCAUCCAUUACACUUGUCUGCUCGGCUUCAUCCGAGGUGACGUUGGUCGAGAAUGAGACACAACCAAACACACGAUGCAUUCUUGGAAAAGCAUUGCUCCACGUCUAUUUCAAACGUGAUCCACGUGGUAUUGAAAGAGCAACAGUGUCGGUUAGAAAGGUAAAGGUCAACAUCUACCGUCCCACCAUCCAAUCGGACGAAUUCAAACAAUCUCAAGGAUCACGUCCCAUCCAAAUUCUAAAGCCAAUCGACCAUAUCAAGAUCUCAUACAUUAAAGAGAAUGAAACCACCGACUAUUGGAAACAAUUGGUUACUCUUGAUUGUAGUACCAUCAAGUUGUUCUUUUCAUACGACGAUGUAAACACGAUUGUAAAGAUUGUCAAUAAUCUUAAUUUCAAACAACAUCUUGCUGCAUCCAAUCAACACUUGUCUCCAACCAACAACACCAAUAGAGAACUCAGUCUUGGAAGUAGUACUGGUAGUACAUCGAGUAGUUUCUCUUCAACCACCACUGGUACCACCAGUCAAUUAAACAAGAGUGUUGAUCCUGAAGACCUUGAUCCACCCACCAAUAGUAUGAUGGAUGAUGACCAACUCUUUAUCAUCAAUGAAAAGAUGUCAUUAAAGUGUCCAUCGAUUAGUGUAUUGUUGAUCAAUGAAUCGAUGGAUUUGAAUCUACCAGUUGCCGAACUCUACUUGGCCGAGAUUGAAGCCAGUGCCACCAACUGGUCAACCGACAUUGAACUCAAGAGUUCAAUGACAUUCAAGGCUGACUACUUUAACGAGGCCAAUAUGAAGUUUGAACCAUUUGUAGAAGACUGGACAUACAACUUUGACGUUAAAAAGGCCAAUGGUAUUAUGAAGGCCAAGUUUAUGGCAACCAAGGAAAUAUUAAAUAUCAAUGUAUCACAUGCCCUCCUUCAAACUCUAAACUCUACAUUGUUAUUGGUCAAACAAAAGGAUCGUGAAAGUAGUUCACCACUUUCAAGUCGUUUUAAUCAAGCUAAUCCAAUUUUAUCAAAAUACCUUGCUGAAAAGGAACCAACUAGUACUUCUACAACCAAUACCAAUAAUGCUUCAUCGAUUACAACAUCGACAAGUUCAUUGACAAAUUCACUAACAAAGUCAAAAUUCCAUUCUCAUUGGAUUUCAAAUCAAACUGGUGUCAGUAUAGAGUACCGUAUUCAACACAAGAAUCUUAUCAUUCAAAAGGAUUCAGAGGAUCCAAUGAAUGUCGUCAAAGAGAUCAAUGUAGAGGAACAUGAGCACGUUGUCAAGAUUGACAAUCAAGAAAUGUCAGCGGUCAAUAUGAAAAAGGAAAAGGGAUCAAGAGACUCUGGUAUGGGUGCACAUGAAACCGUUGAUCUUUUGAUCAUGGGUGGUACCAUUCCAAAGGUGUCAUUGGACGCGCUAGGUCAUAGAAUUUAUAACUUUACAACAAGUCAAAACAUUUCAAUCGAUGUCGAUGUUGAAGUUAAACUAAAGAGUGAUGGUAGCAAGAUCAUUUACAUUCGUUCAUUGAUUCAAUUUGCUAAUAAUACAACAUGUCCCAUCGAGAUCAAGACCUACGAGGACAGAAAAGACAUUCAACGGUUGGAACCUGGAGCUUCGUUCUCUUUGCCACUCGAACAUGUCAAAGACUAUAAGAAAUUGUGGUUUAGAGUGGCCGACACUCCUCAAUGGUCAGAUGUCGUUGUACCCGAUGAAAUCGUGGCACAAGGAAUAAAGGAACGUGAAAAGCAAGAGUCAAAGAGAGAUGCAGCUGGAAGAGUCAACAACACUCCAUUCAGUCGUGUAUUCAAGGCUGUUGGUAUGGACAAGUCGUUUACUUAUUUUGCUCUGUCGGUUCAAAACACUGAGUACCGUACCACAACAUACACAUCUGCUCGAACCCAAUCAAUUGGAUUCAACGCACCUGUACGUAUCGAGAAUCUUCUCCCAACCAGCUUCCAAAUCACAGUCAAUGGACACAAGUCGGUGCUAGAGUGUGGUCGCAAGUUGGAUGUACUCAACUAUGCACCGGGUAGCGGUCACUUGGAAGCGUAUAUUUCCGGUAUUCCAGGACUCUCUGAAACCAAGAUCAAUCUCAUGUCGGGUGAUGCAUCGUCACCAACUAUUGCCAAGAGUAUCAAGUUUAGUGGUUCCAAGGAGCAGAGAGACAUGGUACUCAAUAUUGAAAGAACCGAGGAGAUUAAAGGUAUCCGCGUACUCUCAAUCUAUUGUCAAUACUGGCUGGUCAACAACACUCUCUUGCCAUUGGUUAUCCGUGGUAGCGAUAAUGACGAGACACAGAUGGUGUCCAACGACCAAAACCAUCACAUUCCACCUGUACUCUACGCCCAAAACAAUCUGCGACUCAAGGUCAAUGAAAAGGACACCAAGUUUACAUCGUCAACACCCAUCUGUACAGUGGGUAAUGUCAGCACGCUCCAAUUGCAAGGUGCCGACAAGUUGUAUGAGAUAUCGUGUGCUGUCGACUUUUGUAGCAAUACACGAUUCGGUUUGAGCAAGGUUGUCAACUUUGCACCACGUUAUGUCAUUCAGAAUCGUUUGAACUCGACAGUGUCGAUUGGUCAGUACAUUCAUAGCAACUCGAAUGGAAAGGGUUCCACCCCAGAGAUCCGCGAGAUUUUGCAUUUGAAGCCAAACGACUAUGCUCCAUUCCAUUGGGCCGUCAACACUGAAAACAAGGCCAUCAGCAUCAAGGUUGACGGUCAAGAUUACUGGUGGUCCGGUGCCUUUGAAAUCGAUACUAGUGGCGACUUUGUCGUACGUAUCAGACCCAGUGCACCAGAGAAACCAAGUAUAUUGGCACAUGUCACUAUCAAGGAGGAUAGAGGAACGUUGUACAUUAUCAUCCCACGUUGCAAUCCUGAUCAUCCCCCCUACCUCAUCAAGAAUGACACACCGUACAAGAUCUCGUUUACACAAAAGAGUGCACGUGCUGAGAAGUUGUUUGACCAUCUCGAGUCGGAUCAAAGCGAAGCGUUUGGAUGGGACGAGCCAAAUGGCGACUACCGUCUACACGUCUAUCUCGAGGGCAAGGAAAUGUCAAAGACCAUCAACUUGAAAAAGAUUACUGGAUACAAGUUUGAAGGAUCGACUCCUCUUACAGUCUAUUGCACCAUCACGAUUGAAAAGUCUAGUCGUUACAUUUUGUUUAGUACACAUUCCAAGAUGUUUAAAAACAUCACCAACUGGAAGACCAACAAAAAGAAUCAGCACAGCAGUAGUUCACAACCAUCGGAGAGCAAGUCACCCGAAGUACAAUUCUUUGUACGUCUCUCUGGUAUGGGUAUAUCAAUCAUUGACUCUACUCCAAUGGAAUUGGCCUACGUCUCGGUAAAGGAUGUAUUCUUGCAAGUACAACAAAGUGAGUAUGAAAAUUCACUUGAAUUAAAGCUUGGUGAUGUUCAAAUUGACAAUCAAUCGGUCAAGACUCAAUUCCCAGUUUUGAUGCAUUCAGUAAUCAAACCAAACUCAAACAAGGACUUUGUUCACAUCUCGCUUGUAAAGUCAACAUUUGAAAAUAUCGAUCACUUUAGAUACUUUUCAACACUGAUUCAAGAGUUGACAAUCGAAAUUGAAGAUCACUGGCUCCGUCUCAUGUUAGAGUUUGCACAGUCCUUACCAGACAUUGGUGCUACCAUGUCGGGUAUCACUCCUCACUCUGACGAAAACAUGACACCUACCGAACUCUCCGACUCUCUCAUCCCAGACUUUAACAUUACUCCACCACCAAUGGACGGAUCGAUUCUAAAGAUGGUCUACUUUGCAUUGUUGGUACUCAAUCCGUUCAAGGCCAACAUCACCCUUGUACUGCAACCAGACGGUCUCUUUAGAACCAAUCACAAGGUCUUGUCGGCUAUUGAAGGUCUCGGUUUCACAUUGACCAAACUCGAUCGUGCACCAAUCACCUUGCAAGGUUUGAUCAUGGAGCAUCCAUUCUCAUCGUGGGCUACUAUGAUUGACAAGCUCAAAAAGACGUACACUUCGCAAGCACUCUUCCAAUUUUACAAUAUCCUCGGUUCGAUCGAUAUCAUUGGUAAUCCAGUCGGUCUCUUUAGAAACUUUGGUACUGGUGUCAAAGACUUUUUCGUCGAACCUGCCAACGGUAUUAUCAAGUCGCCAGCUGAUUUUGGUAAGGGUCUCGCCAAGGGAACAUCGUCGCUCGUCAAAAACUCGGUCUAUGGUACGUUCAACACCAUCUCCAAGAUUACGGGUACAAUCGGCUCGGGUGUAGCCAAUCUAUCGUUUGACGAUGACUAUUUGCACGAUCGAAAGGUGCAUCAGUCACGUAAACCAAAACACAUUGGUGAAGGUCUUGCUAUGGGUGGUAUUGGACUUGGCAGAGGUCUCUUUGAAGGUAUCACUGGUAUCGUCACCAAGCCAGUUGAAGGUGCUAAAAAGGGUGGAUUCGCUGGAUUUGCCAAGGGUUUGGCUCAAGGUGUCGUCGGUGUUGCUAUCAAGCCAACAGCCGCCGUCAUUGACGCCACCACAAAGGCAACUGAAGGUAUUAGAAACACCACCAAUCUACAAGAGGACAAGGAACGUGUACGUCCUCCACGAAGCUUUGGUGUUGACAAUGUACUCCGUCCAUUUGAAGAACGUGAAAGUGAAGGUUGGUACCUCCUCAAGAUUGUCCACAAGGGCAAGCACUCACAAGACAACUAUAUUUGGCAUUAUGCAGUCAACUCUAAUUUCACCUGUCUACUCUCUGAUCAACGUCUCAUCUACUCGAGAAACAAAAAGAAUCUCCUUCACAGUUCGUUCAUGUGGCAAAUUCCACACAGCUGCAUCAAGAAUGUCAAGUUUGUCCCAGGUAAUGGAUUGAUGCUCAGUUUGGAUCCUCCACAAGACCUCGGACUCUUGGAUAAAUCAGUCAAAACCAUCACCGUCCCCUUUGACGACGAUAAUAUUUGUAUGGCCUUUAAUAUGAAACUUGAUCAUACUCUUAGAUUAUACAAUGAAAAACUUGGUCAUCAUUAUAAAAAAAUCUAA